GCAACUCUACUCGAGAGCAACGCGCCCUCUGCUUCUGGCCUUGCCCCCCAACACCGACCACAUUACCAGGCGGUGUUUUACCAUCCUCUCUGGCAAACCCUGUUCAUAUUGCAAGCUACUAACAUGGCUACCGCCGCCACUCGAGCGUGUGCCGCUCUCUUGGGCCUCAGCCUGGCGUCUCAGACCCAAGGCUUCACUGGAGGCGUAGUGCGCCCCCGCACCACCACCACCACCACCACCGCCAGCCUCUCCAGCCGCCGCGCGUUGUCGCAGAACUCCGACCCCGUGCCGAGCUUGCAGCAGGCCAGCGUAUGGGUAACCGGCCGAAGGCAAGGCGUAGCCGGCCGUCGCGUGGCUGCCCUGCGGAUGGCGGAGACGGCGGAGGCGACCGAGGAGGCCGCGGUGGAGGACGGCGAGGAGCGCUUCGAGUUCCAGGCGGAGGUGGGGCGCGUGAUGGACAUCAUCAUCAACUCCCUGUACUCCAACAGGGACGUGUUCCUCAGGGAGCUCAUCUCGAACUCGGCGGACGCGUGCGACAAGAAGAGGUUCCUCGCGGUCACCGACUCGGGCGCGGACGAGGGAGGAUCCGAUGACGACCCGGAGUACCGCAUCCGCGUCCGCGCGGACAAGGACGCCAAGACUCUGAUCAUCGAGGACUCUGGUGUGGGUAUGACCAAGGACGAGCUCAAGAACAACCUCGGAAGAAUCGCCGAGUCGGGAACGGCCAACUUCAUGGAAGCCAUCAAGAAUGGCGAAACGGACGUGUCGUUGAUCGGCCAGUUCGGUGUGGGUUUCUACUCCGCGUUCCUUGUGGCGGACAAGGUCACCGUGUAUACCAGGAGCUGCCAGACUCCCGACGCCCCGCAGUACAAGUGGGAGUCGCAGCAGAGCAACUCGUACUCCAUCAAGGAAGACCAGUCCGACCAGCUCGAGGGCAGCGGAACUCGCAUCGUGCUCCACCUGAAGGAAGACAGCGAGGAGUACCUCGACGACUUCAAGAUCAAGGAGCUCAGCACCCGCUACUCGGAGUUCAUCUCCUUCCCCAUCGAGGUGUGGGCGGAGAAGACCUCCUACGACCAGGUGCCCGACACUUCGGUCGAGGUGGCUGAGGGCGAGGAGCCCAAGAUGAAGACCGUGACGCGUACCGCCAUGCAGUGGGAGCGCAUGAACAAGAUGAAGCCUAUCUGGAUGCGGAGCCCCCGCGAGGUGAAGGAAGAGGAGUACUCGGAGUUCUACAAGUCGACCUUCAAGGCGUGGGAUGAGGUGGCAGCCCACACCCACUUCUCGCUCGAGGGCCAGGUCGAGUUCCGCGCGCUCCUCUUCGUGCCUAGCGUGCUGCCGUACGAGCUGAGCCGCAACAUGUUCGACGAGACCAGCCGCAACAUGCGCCUCUACGUGAAGCGUGUUUUCAUCAACGACAAGUUCGAGGAGCUGCUGCCCAGGUGGCUCAUGUUCCUCCGCGGUGUGGUGGACUCCGAAGACCUGCCGCUCAACGUCGGCCGUGAGAUCCUCCAGCGCUCCAAGAUGCUGAGCGUGAUCAGCAAGCGCCUGGUUCGCAAGUCUCUGGACAUGUUCAAGAAGCUCGCGGACGACAAGGAGAAGUACAAGGUUUUCUGGGAGAACUUUGGAAAGUACCUGAAGGUGGGAGUCGUGGAGGACGAGGACAUCAAGAGCGAGCUGGCGCCGUUGUGCCGCUUCUUCUCCAAGAAUCACGGGGAAGACUUCGUAUCCUUCGACGAGUACAUCGCAGACAUGAAGGAGGACCAAAAGGCGAUCUACUACGUCACCGCCGACUCGCGCGCCUCGGCACAGAUGUCGCCCGCCCUCGAGAAGGCAACUUCGCUCGGGUACGACGUCCUGUUCAUGACGGAGCCCCUCGACGAGCUGACCGUGCAGUCCAUCGGGGAGUACGGGGGAAAGCCGCUCACUGACCUGGGCAAGGAGAACGUGGAGUUCUCCGGGGAUGAGGAGGAGAAGGCCAAGAAGGAGGAGCAGUCCACGGACACUCAAGACUUCCGUCAGUGGCUUCAGGAGCUGCUCGGCGAGAAGCGCGUCCAGAAGGUGGAGGUGUCCAACCGCCUCGUGGGAUCGGCGGCAACCCUCGUGCAGUCGUCAUACGGCAUGUCGCCGACGAUGGCCCGGUACAUGAAGGCCCAGGCGGUUGCCUUCGGGGAGCAGGACUCUUCCAUGACGGGCCAGCAGCAGGCGAUCAUGGAGAUCAACCCGGAGCACCCGGUCGUGAAGUCCCUGCAGGCCAGCUUCACCACCGACCCUGACGCGGCUUCGACCAAGCAGACGGCCGUCCUGCUUUACGACAUCGCCGCCCUCACCGGGGGCUACAGCAUCGACGACCCCAACGCCUUCGCGCAGCGCGUGACGGGAAUGCUCGAGGACCGCAUCGGGGCGCCGGACGCGAGCGGCGCAGAAGGGGAGGAGGAGGGAGGCGUCGCAGACGCAGAGGUCGUCGGCUAACCCCCUCCCGUAUUUUAUUUGAUGUGCUUUAGAAAUUAUUAUGUCGACCUUGUGUUUUUGUCAUGGUGGUCGGAGGGAGGGUUGGGUUAAGUAGGGCGGGCCGUGUAAGGCGUUUUAAUGACAGUAGAGAAGGUCGUCGUAGGAGACGUAAUUUUGUUGCGAAAAAAACCGUGAAAACGUUUGUUUGCGUUGGCCUUGGCAUGCUUGCGGUUGCCCGAGCCGUGGAAGUAGGCCGUCUCGAAAAGGGAGAGAAUGGGGGCCAAUGCACAUGUGUUUAUUACAGAUCGCCUAGGUAUUUCUUGCCGUCGUUCUCUACAUACUGUCGUCCUUUUGCUGUUGCGUAUUUGGUGCUGUUGACCUUGGUUUUCAUGCCGGUGCGGUAGGGGGGAGUCGAGGCGGCGGCGAGCAUGGGCCGGGCCUGUGGAUUAUGUGCCUAUUUUGUUCUUUUUUCACAACCACGAGUGUGUUUUAUGCCACGUCGACGUUCUUUGUAUCCUGUCCACGGAAUCGGUGUGAUAAUCAGGAUACCAACCAU